CCCCCCUGGUCUGUAGUCUUUGACAUCGCAUACGUGCGCGUUGAUUACUUUCCUGAAAAAUAAAUGUUUUCGAAAACAUACAUGCAACUAAAAAAAUAGUAAAGAAGGUUAAAUCGUUAUUUUACUAGCUAACAGCAUAAUUUUCAAAGAAGCUGAAAAUGAUAAAUGUGAUUUGUAUAUCGUGAUAGUGCAAUUUUGGAGGUAAAAUGCCUGCUUCCAUUUGCGACCCAGUAACGAGCGCAUUGCGUUUAUCUCUAACUCAAGACGAUUCUCAAAGCUCAUCCUUGUUGGAUAGCCGUCUAUAUUCCUCGACUAAAAGUGUUCUUUUAUCUAAGAUCGACUUUGAAGAAUCUGGCGACUAUCAAAGUAACGUUCUUGAUGGACUCAAGUCUAAGUACGUGGUUAUUCGACCAAAAAAAACUAUUCAUGACCCUAAACCUUUUAAAAAAGAUAGCGCAAGCAACAGCCAAUGCUUAGAGAACAGUAAAUCUGUAGAAGAUGGUUUACCUAAGCCUAAAAGGAUUUUGUUUCCCCUUGAAAAAGUGCAAUUGGGUUGGCAGAGUCCAUGGGCAGCAGGAGCUGGAAUGCAAAAUGUGGGCAAUACCUGUUACCUGAAUUCCACCUUACAGGCACUGUUCCAUGUUCCUGCAUUAGCUAAUUGGUUGAUGUCUGAAUCAACUCAUACUGAAAAAUGUAAUCAACAAGAGGCAUGUGUAAUAUGCGGAAUGCGUGCCAGCCUGAUGGCAACACAAAAGGGUGGCGGUGCUCCCAUAAAGCCAUGGCAAGUUUAUUCCAAACUCCGCCUUAUCUGUAGACAUUUGACUCCCGGAAGGCAAGAAGAUGCACAUGAAUUUCUAAGAUACUUAGUAGAAGCAAUGGAAAAAUGCUAUUUGUUACGGUUCAUAAAUUCUGAUAAAUUGGAUCAAUAUAGUAAAGAGACCACUCCACUGAACCAGAUACUGGGUGGGUAUCUAAGAUCUACAGUACGCUGCUUAUCCUGCCAUCAUUUGUCCACUACUUAUCAGCAUUUCCAGGAUUUAUUACUAGAUAUAAGGAAACAUUCAACAUUGGAUGAGGCUUUAGACUCAUUUUUUUCGAGAGAAAGGUUGGAAGACUUGGGUUAUAAAUGUGAAGCAUGUAACAAAAAGGUAUCAGCCACAAAACAGUUUUUUGUGGAGAGAGCUCCAAUGGUUUUGUGUAUUGCAUUGAAAAGAUUUUCACUGGCAGGAGGAAAACUAUCAAAACAUGUGCAGUUCAGGAAGAAAAUAAGUUUGAAUAAAUAUAUUUAUAGCAAACACUCACAUCAACAGCUGUCUUAUAAAUUAGUAAGUUUAGUAACACAUCUUGGUCCAUCACAAAAUUGCGGACACUACACUGCCAUAGGCCAAGCACCCAAUGGGAACUAUUAUCAAUUUGAUGAUAGCUGUGUGAGACCUCUUCCUUUAUCAGCAGUUUUGGGAACCAAUGCCUAUAUAAUGUUUUUUGAAAAAGAUAAUAGUAGCGAAGACAUAUGCACUUCUGUGGCUACGACUUCGGGUGUGAUUUACGGCCCGCAACUUCCAGAAAGUAUUCUCAACAGAGAAAAAAGUCCUUUAAAACUUACAUUCUACAGAAACGAUGAAAGGAAACCUAUGCUUAAUAGCACUUCCACAGAAGCUCCGAAACCGAUAAUUUUAAACAGUACAUUGAGUAAUUCCGAAAACUCUUCAAAUGUCAUUAAUUCAGAACCUUGGGUUGUGAAACAAAACGGGGAAAUAGAAAAAGUCAUACAGACACCAAAAACAAUUAACGGUAUUGAUAAAGGUCAGAAAGUUGAUGAUGAAAAACGGAUCAGUUUUGUAAUUAAAAGGCAAAACAAUGAAGAUGUACAGAUAAAACCGAAAGCAUGUAAAAGCGAUUCUAAUAUGAAAUUAGUCGCAAACAAUGUAAAGGUAGCUGAUCAGCCGGUUUCCAUCAGCAAACUCUUAAAACCAUUUAAAUCUCCUCUUGAAAAAUUAGAGGAACAAAUGAACAAAAACGAUGGCGGUGAACUUAUUCAGAAAAACGAUAGCUCCAGUUCAAGGUUGGUUCCUUACGACUCCGAGUCUAGUGGCGAUGAACGCGGUGAUCGGAACGGUGACGAUCCGACCAAGAGGAUCCCUGGGAAAGACGCAGGACGGAAACCGAAACCGAGCCGAUGCGAGUCUCCACGGCGACUCGUUGUCACCACGAAAAGCUCCUGGACGGUGUCCAGUGAGAAAAGCGGACCCCUCCUCAGUCCCAGUUUGAACGGCGACACUAAUAAAAAGGUGAAGGAAGAGCGCGGUGAGAGCUCGCAGCAGAGUCCGCACACGAGUGUGAGCAGCAUGUCUCCCCUCAGCGACCGUGGCGAGCUGAGCCCGGGCGCCGUGACGCGCGCUCUGCAGACGGCCUCGCACCGCGGGUACGGCGCGCCCGUCGCCGCCUGGUCCGGCGCACACAGCGCGCUCUCCCGCCAGGUGUUUGAAGAAAGACGCGAGGAAAGAAAGCGAGCCGCGGAGUCGAUCGACGAUAUGGAUUGCGGUCGAGUUAAGAAAGUUAAAAAUUUUCAUCACUUCAAUCGGUUCAAUAACAAUAGGAACGGCUACAAUCCCUUCCAGGAAAAACAAAACAAAUUGCACUGGGGAGGAGGCAACUUUAAAUAUCGGAAUGAAAGACGUUCGCACCAUUUCAACAAGCAUCACAACAAUAAGUACAAGAGAUUUAAUAGGUACAGCAACGGACACCAUUACCCGAGGCACCAUUGACCCAAGUUAUGAGUGUUGUCUUGUCACAUUUGUGUAUAUAGGUGACACAUGGACGUUUAGUUUAGUAAAAUAUAUGAAUGCCUUUAAAUUUAUAAUUAAUGUAAUUAUGCUUCUUGUCAGAUUUUCAUAUUCCCGUUCUCGCUGAUCACAAUGUGCCGUGAAUGCAGAAUAUCUAAUGUAAACAAAUUAAUAACUCUAUUAUGUAUUAGUCUAAUGGGAAUAAGGGAAUUCUUUCGGAAAUCGAAGGCGGGCAGAUUGGAUAUAAAGAACGAAAUUGAAAAAACAAUAUUUCUUAGUUUAGCGUAAUUAUAGUCUAUAAUAGAUGUUUAGUACAAUGCACGCUCACAGCUGAUGCACGGGGCACGAGGUUAACUUCUCGUGGGUCGCGGGCGCAGCGGUGCGAGACGGUACGCGGCACUUCAAAGAGAACUUUUCCGCUUAUGUUUUGGGAACCUUAUAUCCUGUAUAUAUACUAUUAAAUUAAUAUAUGUACCUACGAGUAUAUAAACAACGUUGAAAAUGAGCAUGAAGAAAUGUGAAAAGUUGGAUGUUACUUAAUUAACGCGAACGAAUUACACGUAAUGACGGGUACGCUUUGCGAUGUAUCAGUUCAGCUAUUACGGUCAAAAUAUAUUUAUUUUACUAUUUAAAAGAAAAAAGAAAUAUAAAACAUUUAAAACAAUAAUUACUGCCAGUUAAGCCUUUAAUAGCAGUUAAAAAAACAUAAAACCUCUUUAAUUAAGAUUAUCAUGUAAUUGUAAUUUAUAAGUAGACUAGAUAAUAUUAAAAAAUAACAAAAACGAGUUGUUCGUGGCAUGUUCUGCUUAAAAUGCGAAAUCUUUGUACAUUUAACAAAACUUCUUUAUCUAUUUUAUGGCAUACGUUCAUUAUUUGGUUUUUGUUUGGUGUCAAAAACGUUAUCGUAGUUGUAUGCAAUAAUAGAAUGAAAGCAUUCUGAUAACUCCACAAAAAAUAAAGAGUAAUCGUCAAUCCAUUUAUAUCUUAUUAAAAUGACCAUAGUUUUUCCUUCUAUUAUUCUCGGUUCAUAUUAGGUCCAUAGCCGUAUAGGCGUAUUUAAAAUACUUAAUAUAGAUAAAUAUUAUUUCAAUAAUGCUCAUUUAACUGCUCGGUCAAUGAUCAAACACCACAUCGCACCUGACGAGGAUAGAACGGACAGAAAGGCACAGGCAAAGUUCUCUAUGGGGCUGUUUAAUCACAAUUUGAAAUGAUUUUCAAAAUCGCCCAACGAAUUAUUGAAUAUCGCACGGUAGUGCGCCUGACAUGCUAUUGAUUAUGACGAUUUUAUUCAAUUAAUCAAAAUCGACAUUUAUAAGUUAACUGUUUUAAAAUAUCAGCGCAUACCGUUAUCGCUGAUAAUUUGGAGAAUAUUGAAGCUGAGCUUAGAAGGGUUUUUCCUUUUCUUUAAAAUAGCUUUUUGUUCAUUUUGCGAGUAGAAAACACUAACAUUUCGAUAUAGACGGGCGCCCAUUGAUGAACUUAUUUUAGAGAAUAUCAUGUGAUUCUGUAAUCAAGGAGAUAAUGUUUGAAAUUUUAGAAGAAGCAAAUUUGUUAUGACAUUUGCUCUUAAAACAUCUAAUCACUACAGUUUGGUAUUUGGGCAUCCAGGAUAAAUAAUUUUUUUUUAACAGCUUAUUUAACGAUUUUUGGUGGAAUAAAAACGACGUGUUUCGCAAAUACAUUUUUUUAAGAAGAAACUUUCACAGUGUGAAGUUUAAUGCGUUUUCUUUUUUCAAUUGAUUUGUUAUUGUAACUUGCUCAAGAAUAGAGCACAUAAUAGUUCGGCAAAAGUUUAUAGAAAUAACUUUGGAAGUGGUAUUUUAUUUAUGUACCGACAUACAAGUAUUUUUAAAGGUUGUUAAAAUAUUCAUAUAAUGUGAUAUAGUUUUCAAGUAAUAAUUUAGUAAUAGAGAAUAUUUACAAGCCAACAUUGCAUAGAGUUAAGCUAUAGUUAUGUUAAACAGUACAGAAACAUUAUAAAGUUUAAUAAUUAUAAUAAAUGUUUUGUUCGUAACGAAAUGCGUAAGGUGAUGAAUGAGAUGUGUUAUGGUUUUGUCUAAUGAAAUAAAACCAGUUUGAGACAAGCAAAGUUUCAAAAAAUCAAACAAUUAAGGAAAAAAAAUGAUUUAAGCAUUUUCUGUUAUGCCUCGUCCUGUUUGACUAUCUUGUUUUUAGUUUUAUAGACACUUUAAUUUUUAAUGAAUCAAUAACUAAUAGCUAUAAUUUUUUUCUGCUGAUGUACAAAAAUAUCUCGGUUACUUCACGUCCACUUUUUGAAAUGUAAAAUAUAUGACAUUUUAAAGCAAUACAUGGAAUUUAUGUAAAAUAGUUAAUUUCUAAUUGGCAAUUAGAAUGUUGCCUUCAUGAAAUAUUCUUAAGUGAACAAAAGAUAAAAGUUUACUACAUCGA